AUGCACGCCCAUACCCAGACUCCACCUCUCCGCCGCCGGGGCUCCAAUUCGUCUGAGACGCCCUUGUCGCCUGAUAUAGAAGCCCCCCAGCUUAGGACCGCGUCGCUUUUCGGCAUCACAACGCCCUCUUCUGCGACGUUUCGCGCUCAGACACCUGCGAGUCCGACCGUUGCAUCACCUCCCGUCCGUCGCAAGCCGCUGCCCGCUAACGCCUCGCCCGUCGCCACGCGCUUCUCCUCCCAAAGCUAUACCACGGGCCCCCGGAUCGUCGAGAGAGGUCACACGCAGCGCGCCUUCUCUACCGACAACACACCUCAUCCCUUCGCGCGCUCCCAAGCAGUCUUCACGCCGCCCCUUACCGCGACCAAGGAAGAGUUCAACCCCAGUACCCGAGACAACUCCGCCACCACCGGCGCUACGCCAAACGACCCGCUAGACGACUACAUCGCCGAGGACGAAGAUCGCCCAAGGAGAGCAUCAUCGCAGUACGGAGGCUUGCUGCCAGGGGUGGAAGACAAUUCCCGGCCGGGUUAUGAUCGCGCGGCCAGCAGCUACCACACGGCACGAGUUUCAACAUCUGAAUGGGAUCCUGAGACAGCUCCGGAUAAUACACACAGCCGCGAACGGACCCCGACCAUGUCCUCAUAUGAUUCACAAAGAACCCCGAACUUGACACUUCAGAUCCACGGAGAGGAUGGCGUCACAGGCGAUUUCCUCGACUAUGACCAGCUCACGGACGACGAGGACCACUCGCCGAAACCUGAGAUGGCAGCCGGUGGCAACAAGUUCACGUCUUUCUUUGGAUGGAAGUCUGGAUCACAAAACCUAGCGAACGGCUCGCCUGCUACCAACUUCUCUGACGAUUCCCCGGCACCCAACGGUCUCAACCUGCAGAAGAAGACGCCCAAGGCGCUGGACAUUCCUGCUGCCAACUCCCAGCAGUCGUACUUCACUGUGCCCGGCACACCGCUUUACUCAUCCUCUCCCAGUGUCAAUGCGCAUGUUGAGGAGCUCGAGCGCGAGCUGCGCGAGAUCAGCCAAGAACUAGCCGGCUCGAUCAAGAGGGAGUUGGAACUCGAGGACGAACUUGAAAACUACAAGGCCGAGAAUCCCACUGGGACGACAGAAAACCGGAGGACGAGCGAUUACUACUCGGACUCUGGUGCUAGCUCCGCAAAGUUCCCCAUUGGCGACCCCGAGGCAAGACUGGAGACAUUGGAAAAGUUGCGCCGGAAAGCAGAGCAGGACAGGGCGUCAGCCAAGAAUGAGACUGCACAGCGGCUUCAAGAUGAAUUGCGGAGACGCGCAGACCUUGAAUCUCAAGUCCAGUCUCUGGAGGAACAGCUUCAGGGGAAUGAGAAGCUGGAUGAUAUCAAACGCCGGCUUGUUGAUGAGAAGCAAGCCAAGGAAAACCUGGAAGAUUUGCUGGCAGCCCUGCGUGAGGCGCACGACAAGGACCGGGGCGAGAGAGACAAUUUGCGUGAUGAAAUCAUCCCGCAGCUCAACGCUCGCUUGACUGGCCUCGAAACCGGGGCUGGAGAGGUCGAGAAGCUGAGAUACGAAAACACUCGCCUGCAACAGGAACUCGAAUCCUUCCAAAUGGAAAUACUCCCGGACCUCCGCACUCGUUUGGACCAGUUCAAGGACAUGCAACAAGAAAACGCUCGUCUGCAGUAUGAGCUCGACAAUGUCCGCAACGAAACCAAUGAUGCCCAGGCAGACCGCAUCGAGAAGCUUCAGGACGAGAUAACCCGCCUCAAGCGUCAACUCAGUACCGUUCAAAACGAAGCAAACAUCGCUGAGGUUGCUCAGCUCCAGGCCACGCAACUCCAAGCUCUCGGCGAGGAGAACUCUCGCCUUCAACAAGAACUCCAAACGGUUCGCAACGAGAACCAAUCCUUGCUCAACGCGCGCCGCAUGCGACUCGAACUGGCGCAGCAGUCGGACCGUUUCAACUCGAUUUCCGAGGAAGGCGAGGAAGGAACAGCAUCCGCCUCGCCGAAGAUUGGUCUCUCUCGUUCUAACUCCCUCGCCCGCAAUUCCGUCCAGCUUCUUAAACGUGGCUCCCGCAGUGGCACGCUCACUGGUCUUUCCCGAUCCAACUCGGUCAAAGAGAAAGGUGAAGCCCCGCGCGACUUUGGAGAGAAGAUGAAGGAUGUCGAAGAACAGCGGGAUGCUCUGCACCGUGCUCUCAAACAGCUCCUAGCACGCUACGAACAGCAGGAGAAAAACCACGCAAAGAAAAUCAAACUCCUCGAAAUGGAGAGGGACCGUGCGCUCAAUGUGUCUCCCAGACGCACAGCAUUCCACGGUGAGGUCACCAACCUCCGCGCCGAAAUCAACCAUCUGCGCAAGCGUGCAGAUGAUGCUCUCGAUCAGAAGUGGCAAGUCGAGAAGAACCUUGGUGGCGUUCGCAUGGAUCUUGCCCGUGCCGAGCUGGAAACCAGCUCGCUUCGCGAUCUCAUGAGUGAGAAGGACAUGUUUGUACAAGAGCGGAGACCGUCGGCGGGCAGUGUCUACAGUGAUGACUCUCAGGCGCCAGUCACUUUGGAGCGGGCUUACAAGGAACUUCAGACCCUCCACGCUCUCUCGCUCGCGCGUGUCAAAGGAAUGGAGGAAGGAGAGGAUGCGGAAGAAGCCGAGCGCGUCCUGGGUCUGCUCAAGCAAAGCAUUUCGGACGCGAAGACGGAGCGUGAUAACGCUCUCAAGGAGGCCGAGACGUAUCGCCAGCAAGCUCGUAAUCUUCAAGAGUCGGAGGUUGCACACUUGGACAAGGAACACUCCCUUGCAUCUGAGCUCUUCGGGGCCGCCAAGAGGAUGGACGAGCUCGCGGCUCAAACUCAAAUACAGUUACAGCAAAACGAUGCUCUCAGGCAGCGUCUUGCCGAAGCUAUCGGACGAGGUGAGAGCGAGCAGCGUCUCGCCGCAAAGCGCAUCACGGAGAUGCAGAGCAAGCUGCGCGCAGCUGAGGAAGGCGUCUCGGUGGCGCAGAACCAAUCGGAUGAGGCGCUCAACCCACACGAAGAUGAGCUGCGUGCGAUCAACGACAGUCAAGUAGCACAGUUGAAGCGCAUGCAAGGCGCCCGGGGACUGCUCGAUACGACCAGGCUUACACCAGCAUACAGCCCCAUGCCGAAGCCCCUCAGUCCCAUCUUCGCGCAGAGAAGCCCGAGGUUAGACAUCACAUCGAGCGGCCUUGGUAUCUCGAUCCAGCAAGCAACGAAGACUGGAGAACUGGAGCACAAGGUGCACGACCUGGAGAAGGCCCUGUCGGACGCGGACAGGGAGAUGGAGGAGGUGGUUGGCCGCAUGAACAUGGCACAGAUUGAAGUUGCAGAGCUGCAGACCGAGAAGGACGAGGCUAUGCGCGAGACAAGAAGACUGCAGGCCGAGAUCACUGCCCAACGCGAGUUGGUCAAGGAGCUCAUGAGCCAGCAGUAG